CUAGUGGUUUUCUACGUAGGGUCGAAAUGCCUUCUCAAGUAUUCUCUAUUAAAGGCAUCGAAAAAGUGAUCAACAAAUCUCACGAUGGUCAAGUGAAAAAUGUGGAAGUCACACGCCUCACAGCCCCAGGUGAAAAUUACCUUAGUAUGGUACUUGGGGUAAAAUUUGACAUAGAAAAAAAUGGUCACAGUAAAACUCACAAUGCCGUAGCUAAACGAUUUCCAGCUGGUUCGAAACAUCUUAACAUGAGUAUAGCGACGACGAAAAACGAAAUUAGAUGGUACGCGGAAAUUUUGCCUUCAUUAACCGCUUUCGCAAAAGAAUACGGUUACAAGUUUGAAAAUUUCUUCGCUCCCUAUUACGGCUCCAGAUACAGUUUGGAUCCGUUGAAAAAGGAACCUGAUAAUGAAGCAGUUUUGUUAGUUGAAAAUUUAACAACAGAAGGAGGAUACAAAAUGGCAGACAGAUACAUAGGAUUCGACCUAGAAACCACCAAGGAAAUCCUAAAAACCUUAGCAAUUUUCCACGGAAUCCCGAUCGCGAUGAAAAUCCGAAAACCCGAUCAAUUCAAAAUCUUGAAAAGUCUUUUGGAGUUGUCACUGAUGAAACCUCCAAAAGGUUCAGAUGGAAAACCCAAACAUUUUGGACCUCCGCCUGGCGUCAAAAAGCCUGAAGAGAUGCUGCUGGAUGCUAUUGCCGAUUUACCAGACUGUGCCCCCUAUGUGAUGAAAUUAGAAAAACUGUUGCUAAAAGAACGAGACAUGGGCUUUUCCAUGCCUCCUGGACCUGAACCAUGGAAUACUAUUGUUCAUGGUGAUCUUUGGCUGAACAACAUGAUGGUUAGAGACAAAAAAGAUCCUCGAGUCAAAUUGGUAGAUUUCCAAGUUUAUUCUUAUGGUUCAUAUGCAAGAGAUUUGGUAUUUUUUUUGUUAACUAGUGUGAGAAAUGACGUUACUAGAGAACAUUUGGACGAUUUGUUAAGGUACUAUUAUGAAGAAUUCACAGCAGUUUUAAAAUACACUGAAACAAACCUUAAUUUAACGUACGAAGAAUUUUUGCAAGAAGUUGAAACUGUUGCCAGAAAAUCAGAAUCCAUGCACGCGCUUACGUUUUCCCCGAUCGUUUUUGCUGCUAAGAAUACCGGUGUGGAUACGACGUUAAAUGAAGAGUUCGAUUUCAUGAAUGCAAUGACUCGCAUGAUUCAGAAUAUGACUCAAUCGCAUAAGGACAAAUUGGUUGUGAUGGCUUCGGAGAUUGUGAGAAGAAAUUGGUUGUGAUAUAAAUUAUCUUUAUUCAAAUAUAAAUGUAUAUAGUAGUUUUUUCUCAAGAUGUUUUGUACUCAGAAUGGAAAACUCAAUAAUUGUCAAAAAUAACCCAAACCCUAUGAUGAACAAAAUAAAUCAAU